UUCCCCCCCAAACCGGAAGUGGUCCGGAAUGGAUACCCGCGUGCGCACGCUCUGCUCCCUGCGUGCUCGCGGACUGAAAACAUGAAACUCUUGACCCACAACAUGCUCACGUCUCACGUGCGGGGCGUGCGACCCGGAGGAGGGUUUCCCCUUCUCAUAAAGGCUACAGAGGUGAAGGUGAACAACAUCGAUUUCAACCCAGAUUUCACGGCACGGAUGGUGCCCAAAAUUGAGUGGGCGGCUCUGAUGGAGGCUGCAGAAAGUUUGGGUCACCGGUCAGAUCUCCCCUCUGAGCCCAUCACCGACUACGAGAAAAACGAAGAUUUUCUUCGGAAAGUGCAUCACGUCUUGAUGGAGGUGGAGGUGAUAGAAGGUGUAUUGAAAUGCCCGGACACGGGACGGGAAUUUCCCAUCACUAAGGGCAUACCCAACAUGCUGCUGAGCGAAGACGAGACAUGAGCUGUUCUGCUGUCGAAAAAGUGCCAAGACAUUCCGAGAGGGGGAGGGGGGGAAUAUCUUCCCUGCAACCGUCUCUGCAUUAUUCUUUUGUGUAUGUAAAUAAAUAGGAAUGCUUAAAAGGUA